GGGUCUUGCGCUGUCUCAGAUAUUAAAUAUUGACUUCUCGUGUCAGAGCUACUCAAAUCAUGGGUGUUAUCUUGGAUAAACUUGCUGACUUUACAGGCCUGUUCUCCGGGUUUUCCAAAGACCCAGCAAGAAUUCUGAUGGUUGGACUCGAUGCUGCCGGUAAAACGACGAUCCUGUACAAGCUGAAGCUGAACGAGGUGGUCUCCACCAUCCCCACCAUCGGCUUCAACGUGGAGACCGUCAGCCCCUGCAAGGGGGUCAACUUCACCGUGUGGGAUGUGGGGGGUCAGGAUAAGAUCAGACCCCUGUGGAGACACUACUUCCAGAACUGCAGCGGUAUCUUGUACGUGGUAGACACCAACGACAGGGAGAGGUUUGUCGAGUCACGGGAAGAACUGAAGAACGUCAUCGACAGCGACGAGAUGAGAUCCGUCCCUGUGGUCGUCCUGGCCAACAAGCAAGACUUGCCAGCUGCCGCCAAGUUGUCGGAAGUAGUCGUAGCCCUUCACCUUCAGAAGAUGACGGACCGGAAGUGGUACAUCCAGGGGACAUGUGCUACGACCGGGCAGGGUCUGUUUGAGGGUCUGGAGGAAAUGUCCCGACUGGUGAAAGAAUUUAAACAGAGCAAGAGGCGGUGAAGAUUUACAGACAUAAAUAACCACAAACUUAUAUCUGUGAUAAUGUCCACAAGCUCAGGGAUGACCAACUGAAGGGUAUCUGUGUUGAAACCUGAAUGGACUGAUGUGACCUCCCACAAAAAUAUUUAAUCACGUGUUUGUUUGUUCAAUACAUGAUAUGCAAGUUGGAAUGCUGUAACACGACACUGACAAGGUUUGUCAAGUCUGUAUUGUGGUGGAGGAAGCCAAAAGGAGGACCCCGCUGUUGCGACACGUUGCCAUCAGAACAAAGACUCCCAUCUCGAUGUUACUGAUUCAAUCUUAUGCCCAGUCCGUCUCCAUGGUUACCGAUCCUUACCAUGUUGUCACGUGAUGACUCGAGAUCUGUAGCGCUCUCAGUCUUUCGUUACUGUUAUACGUAUGUAGUAGUUUGUUAUAUAAUUCAUCGUGUAAAUACUCAUAUGAUUCCAACAUUCCUUGGUUUGUCUUUUAUCUGAACACGUUGUAUGGUGUUUGUGUUUUCAAUACGUGUGUAAACGUUCAUGUUUUAUUUACCCGUUGUUUUGUACUUAAAUAUGUAAUUGUAUUGUUGUUGCAAUAAAAGUUUAAUUUUUUUUU